AUGUUUCGUUUGGCGAUUUCUGCUGUUCGGAGUAUACGGCCUCUUUCGAUUUCGUAUUUGAAUGCAGCCAAUAUUAUUAGUAGCAGUUCGAGGAACUAUGCUACUAUUCAAAACUUAAGGACGCCCAUUCACACAUGUAUCAAACAAAAUUCGUUGUUGAAUAAUACACAGAUUUUGGAUAUAUCAUCGAAUUUGAGUGUUGUCCCUGUUAGAACUGUUACAAAAUUCAGUUUACAUAAGGGUAAAAGGAAGACAGUGAAGGCAGCAGUACGACGAUUCUUCCGUUUACAUUGGGGAGGAUGGAUAAGGACUAAGGUGGGCAGGAAUAAGAAAAUGUGGAAAAAAUCCUCUUCACAAAAGAGAAGAUUGAGGCAACAUGUCUUCUGCAACUCUACCCAGAGCACAAUGUUAGAUAAAAUGGUGACAAAGUUUUGGAAGAAGCCAAAGUACUAUGUUGAUGACCCUUACGCACCAUACCAUACAAGAGAAGAAUUCAUUACUACGAGGACAAAACCUUUUGUGAAACAAUGA